AUGUCUGCAUCCAAACUUGAGAAGAACGUGGCUAAUCUGGAGCGGCGACUGCGACACGAGUUUCAACUGGAGUUGAAUGCGAAGCUGGAGCCGUGCCUUGUGCGACUGGCUGCGCUCGAGCGACGACUGGAAGUGGAGUUGAUGGAAGGCCGGAGCAACAAAGUGGAGGAGACGAUUACGUGUGCGGAUGUGGACGACGGGUCGAGAUCACGGCUCCAGGCUGAACAGCCCAACAAACCGAUAGGGGACAAGGCGGAUUUCGUCAAUGUCCAGGUUCACGAUCCCCCGCCUCCGCCUGAAGACCCAAUGGAUCCGGUUGCUUUUCUGGAGACGACCUGGAAUUUGGUCCUAGUGGCAGGCCAUGCAGGUGUUGGUUGGAUCGACUUGGCAAUCGCUUGGCUGCUUCUCUUUGCCAGUGCCGGGAUGCAGAUCACCUUCAGCGUGAUCCUGCUAACACCGUCUUUUCUCGGGGAUCCCUUCGACGAGGCGCAAGUGACUGUAGCACAGGAAUGGAGGAACAGCGUAGCACACGAUGCGAAGAACAUGGACCUGGCUCGGACAAGCCUCACUGCCCGCGUCUGCAACAACUAUGGUGGCCUGAUCCUUUCCAACUCCCAGGCGAACUUGGUUCAGGACAUCGACAACUUUCUCGGGCUUGACAAAGACAUGUUCCAGACCCAGGGCUUCCGACCCGGCAUCUUACUGUCGAUGCUUUGCAUCUUGCUGUGGUGCCUCUAUGUUGGGAAUGAAUUCCGCACAAUCGGUCUCUCGCUGGAGGCGGUUUUGCAGAUUCCCCGCUCUGACAAAACCAGAUAUCACGAGGGAAGGUUUGAGACGUUGUCGUACGUGCGAUUCUGGUCUUAUGUCGGACUUCGCUUGCUGAGAGCUGGGAUAGCCUUAGCCCUUCUUUACGCCGGAAUCCUCUGGCUGGGCGGCACGAAAGCAAUCGAAGACCUCAUCCUCAACGCCGUGGCGCUGGGGGCCAUCCUCCAAGUGGACGAGAUGGUGUUCUCCGCCCUGAUGCCCAAGAAGCUGCAGCUGAGAAUUCAGGAUCUGGAGGCCAUUAAAGUGCAUUACAGCCGCCGCCGGAGUCAGGCGGAGUCGGUCUUAAUCUUGGCGGUCAUGGUAGGGCUCCUGGCAUGGCCCUGGUUCGGCAUCUUGGAGCCUCUGGCCCGGACGAUGGAGGCGGUAAAGCGUGCGUAUUGCGAGGGGAACCAGGACUUCGUUGUUACAUUUAACGAAGCCUCUGGGCUGUGGAAGAAUGGCCGUGCCUGUGGCCCCGACAUGGUCUCCCACGAGGCCAUGAAAGCCAUGUUACAACAUGCAACAUGGGGGGAGAUGAUGCGAGAGCUCUUCAACGAUAUGCUCUAUACAGCGCGCAUACCACAGUCGAUAGAAAGGGGAGUCAGCAUCCUCUUGGCCAAAACCGAUAGCCCCAGCGAUUGGACGGAGACGAGGCCGAUCACUUUGAGCUCCUCCUUACUCAAGGCAUUCUCCCAACUACUCCUUCUACGAGCAGGGGGAGAUGUAAUGACACCAGCAAGGCUUCAAUGCUCGAGGAAAAAUAGGCAAGGCGUAGAAUUGCUGAUGAUACUCAGAAGGGUCUGUCGCAUCGCCUUCGACUUUGGCUUGGAGAUGUAUGUGACGAAACUCGACAUCCGUAAAGCAUCUGACUCAGUCUACCAAGAAGCUAUGGCAGCCCGCAUAGAAUCUGACGUAGCGGGGAAUGGCGCAAAACCGUGGGAAGCCCGCGCCUGGGUCGCACUCUUGCGAUCAGACACGCUGACCGUCAACUUCCGGGGAGCCACCCUCCACCUCGACCAGACGAAUGGAGUUCGCCAAGGCAGCCCUGACAGUCCCGUCGCUUUCGGCUCCGUGGUAGCUCGGGACCUCGACGACUGCAUCGGGGAAGCAAAGCGGGCCAAGCCAACAACGGGAGACCCACCUCCCGAAGACGGCGGUAGCUACAUGGACGACACGUACAUUUGGUCGAUGUCGCACAGCCACAUGCAGAAGAUGCUCGACUUACUGGGGGAGCGACUGCCACACAAGGGCCUCUUCCUGCACCCGGGGAAAGUCGACAUCAUCAGCAAUAAGACGCAGACCACCUUCAAGGUUGCAGGGAAAGAAGUGCAGACGAAAGGGAAGGACCACAUCAUGACCGUCCUCGAGAGCCCUAUGGCGUUCCACCUCACACCCAGCAUCGUCAUUGCAGCGAUGCAGACCAGGGGGAUACUCUUCCGUCAUGGGAUCACCAAGAAGCACCCAGCAGCCAGCAGAUGGUCCACGAUCAUCCUGGAACAGAUUUGGGGGCUAUUGGGUCACAUGUGUCGUGGCGAUCCUGUCGGGGGACAACUCCUCCGUUGGAGAUGUUUAGCAUGGUGGAAUGCAAACAGACCGCCACACGGGAACAUCAGUCAUGCGGGGCGUUUCAACGCGUACAUGGAUAUUGAUCGGCAAAUAACUUCUGUGGCGGGGGAGAAUUGGCACGAGAUCGCCAUGGACCGAGGCCAGUGGUCAGGACUCUUGCAGACAUGGCUUGACAAAUAUGACGUACCGUGGGCAUCUGGACGGCAGACAAGCAUCAUGAACCUUGCACCACACAGAAGCACCAGCCCGGAGAACCGGGGAGAGGAUCCCAUUCCCCUCCCACCUCCGACUGCUUGA